CUCUUGAGCACGGCCCGGCCGGUUUGGCGGGGUGAAAGGUUGCGAAGAUGGCGACGGCCUUGAGCGAGGAGGAGCUGGACAAUGAAGACUAUUACUCGCUGCUGAACGUGCGCCGGGAGGCCUCCUCUGAGGAGCUGAAAGCUGCCUACCGCAGGCUGUGUAUGCUUUACCACCCUGACAAGCACAGAGACCCCGAGCUCAAGUCACAGGCGGAACGACUGUUUAACCUCGUCCACCAGGCUUAUGAAGUGCUUAGUGACCCCCAAACCAGGGCCAUCUAUGAUAUCUAUGGGAAGAGAGGCCUGGAAAUGGAAGGCUGGGAGGUUGUGGAAAGGCGUAGAACACCUGCUGAAAUCAGGGAAGAGUUCGAGCGCCUGCAGAGAGAGCGGGAAGAAAGGAGACUGCAGCAACGAACCAACCCCAAGGGGACCAUCAGUGUGGGCAUCGAUGCCACUGACCUUUUUGAUCGCUAUGAGGAGGAGUACGAAGAUGUGUCCGGAAGUGGCCUUCCGCAGAUUGAAAUCAACAAGAUGCACAUAUCCCAGUCCAUCGAGGCACCUCUGACAGCUACAGACACAGCCAUCCUUUCUGGAAGCCUGUCAACCCAGAACGGGAACGGAGGGGGCUCCAUCAACUUCGCACUCAGGCGGGUCACUUCUGCGAAGGGGUGGGGAGAGCUUGAAUUUGGAGCUGGGGAUCUGCAGGGCCCUUUAUUUGGCCUCAAGCUGUUCCGUAAUCUCACACCAAGAUGCUUUGUGACGACAAACUGUGCCCUGCAGUUUUCGUCCCGCGGCAUUCGGCCCGGCCUCACCACCGUGCUCGCCCGCAACCUGGACAAGAACACCGUGGGCUACCUGCAGUGGCGGUGGGGCACCCAGUCGGCCAUGCACACGAGCAUCGUCCGGGACACCAAGACCAGCCACUUCACCGUGGCCCUGCAGCUUGGGAUCCCUCACUCCUUCGCACUGAUCAGCUAUCAGCACAAAUUCCAAGACGACGAGCAGACGCGCGUGAAAGGCUCUCUCAAGGCGGGCUUCUUCGGGACGGUGGUGGAGUACGGAGCAGAGAGGAAGAUCUCCAGGCACAGCGUCUUGGGCGCGGCCGUCAGCGUUGGCGUCCCGCAGGGCGUUUCUCUCAAAGUCAAGUUAAACAGGGCCAGUCAGACUUACUUCUUCCCCAUCCACCUGACGGACCAGCUCCUGCCCAGCGCCGUGUUCUACGCCACCGUGGGGCCCCUCGUGGUCUACUUUGCUAUGCACCGCCUCAUCAUCAAGCCGUACCUGAGGGCUCAGAAAGAAAAGGAGUUGGAAAAGCAGAGGGAAAGCACAGCCACCGACAUUCUACAGAAGAAACAGGAAGCAGAAGCCGCCGUGCGGUUGAUGCAAGAAUCUGUCCGAAGAAUAAUCGAGGCAGAGGAGUCCAGAAUGGGGCUCAUCAUCGUGAAUGCCUGGUAUGGGAAAUUUGUCAACGACAAGAGCAGGAAGAGCGAGAAGGUGAAGGUGAUUGACGUCACGGUGCCCCUGCAGUGCCUGGUGAAGGACUCGAAGCUCAUCCUCACAGAAGCCUCCAAGGCGGGGCUGCCCGGCUUUUACGACCCAUGUGUGGGGGAGGAGAAGAACCUGAAAGUGCUGUACCAGUUCCGGGGCGUCCUGCACCAGGUGAUGGCGCAGGACGGCGAGGCCCUCCGGAUACCCAAGCAGUCUCACAGGAUUGACACAGACGGAUAAACUGCUCUGGCCCCUUGGGACCAGG